CUAAGCAUUAUACCAUCUACCAUCAUGGAAAGCCCAACCAGUGAAGUCUUUAUUACAUAACAAUAGUGAAAAUUUCAAAAUGGGUUGCCGAGUCAGCUCAUGCUUAAAAAGGGGUGACUCAGCGAACAAUGAUUCAGAAUUAACAAAACCUGAUAAUGUUGGCCAAGUUGACACAAAUCGAACUAUUCCUGUCAGAUCUAGAGUGAAGUCACAGAUUCGUCAAGUUGUCAACGGAUCACUGGGACCUUGGAAAAGUAUGCCGAAUCAUCUUCCUCCUGCACCGAAUAGAUUUCUCAGACAUCAAGAAACUCUUCCCAAUUUACCUGUUCCUCCUCUACAACAGACUUUACAGAAGUACUUGCAAGCUAUACAACCUCUUGUUGAUGAAAAUCAAUUCAAAGCCACGGAAUCAAUUGUACAAGAAUUUGGAAGGAAAGGGGGAUCGGGUGAAAAAUUACAAGAAAAGUUGGAACACAGAGCGAAAAAAUUUGAAAAUUGGCUUUCUGAUUGGUGGUUGGAUGCGGCAUAUCUUGACUUCCGAACUCCAGUCGUCGUCAAUGUCAGUCCUUCUGUGACCUUUCCACGAGAUGAGUUCAGAGGUCACAAAGGUCAGGUUGAGCACGCAGCUAAACUUAUCUCUGGUGUGUUGGACUAUAAGAUAGACAUUGAUAAUGAAACACUUGCUGUUGAAAAACUUGGAAACCAUCCAUUGUGUAUGGAUCAAUAUUAUAAAAUCUUAUCAUCGUGCCGAAUACCUGGAAUUAAAAGUGAUUUAGUUGAAAAUUAUGCAAGAUCUUGGCUUCCUCCUCAACAUAUUGUUGUCGCAAAGAAUAAUCAUUUUUUCAAGCUGUCAGUGUACAAUAGUGAUGGAUCCCCUCUUACUAUUGAUCAAUUAGAAGAACAAUUGAAUACAAUAGUAGCUGCAGCAUCUAAGAAAGAUAUCGGUGUUGGAAUACUGACUUCUGAUGGAAGAAAUAAUUGGGCAAAAGCAUCAAAAAUAUUACUGAAAGAUUCAACAAACAAGCAUUCGAUACGAACCAUCCAACGUUCAAUAUUCAUGGUAUGUUUGGACGAAGCAGUUCCAGCAGUUACUGAAGAGAAAUGGACGACUGACAUGGCACUCCGAGCACUGCAUGGUGGUGGAAGCGAAAUUAAUUCAGCAAACAGAUGGUUCGAUAAAACACUGCAGUUUGUUAUUUGCCCUGAUGGAGGUGUGGGACUGACAUAUGAACAUUCACCUGCAGAGGGGCCGCCCAUUAUGGCCCUUCUUGACCAUGUUCAUAAAUAUUGUAAGGAUCCACCUGAACAACCCAAGAUGCCUUUACUUGCUCUUGCUCGACCAAUGAAACUUGAAUUCAAUGUUUCUUCCGAUGUCAAGAGAUCUAUCGAUACAGCAAGUGAAAAUAUUGAUGCUGUUGUUCGUGAUGUACAGAUGAAUUGUAUCAAGUUUGCAGAUUUUGGAAAGAAUUUCCCCAAGUCUUGCAAGAUAAGUCCGGAUGCAUUUAUUCAGGUUGCUCUUCAACUUGCAUACAUGAAGAUGUAUCACCAGACUUGUGCAACAUAUGAAAGUGCUUCAUUGCGUAGAUUCCGACUUGGAAGAACAGACACGAUAAGAUCUUGCACUAAUGCUUUGAAAGCAUUUUCAGAAGCCAUGUUAAAUGACAAUAUGAAUUCCACCAAAAAAUCAGAACUUCUUCGUGAAGCUAUUGCUUCCCACAGGAAAUAUACUUCAGAUGCAAUUGCUGGGGAAGCCAUUGACAGACAUUUGCUUGGGUUGAAACUCACUGCAAUUGAAGCAAAGGAAAAUGUUCCUGAGAUAUUUAUGGAUCCUACUUAUGAAACUGCUAUGCAUUAUAAACUUUCUACUAGUCAGGUACCUUGUAAAGCAGAUCUAUGCAUGGGGUUUGGUCCUGUGGUGCCAAAUGGAUAUGGAGUCUGUUAUAAUCCAAAGGAAGAAUAUUUUCUAUUUUCAAUAUCAGCAUACAACAGUAGCCCUGAGACUGAUGCAUAUAAAUUCGGUGACCAAUUAUCUGAAGCAUUAAACGAUAUGAAGAAGGUUCUACAAGAAGCUGAUGCCCUGUCAUCUAAAUUGUAAUCUUUUUUGUGGAUUUGGUAAAAAUAUUCUUCACAACUGUUGUGGUCAUCACUAUCCCUUCAAAACAUAAUUUUAAAAUAAAAGACAACAUACAUCCAUUGUGACAAAUUUACAUAUCUCUUUACAAAUGACCUAUUGGCCCUCAACUUCAUUCGAGGGUAUUAUUACUCAUUGAUCUCGAUCGGUAGGUAUGUUGAUAGGUAUUUGUCUGUAUUUGCGAGGUUGAAUCUGCUCCAAAUUUUGCAUGUGCAUUAAUAUCUCGGACCAGAAGUCUAUUGAUUUUAGAUGAAUUAUGUCGUAUAAUUAGCGAGUCAUUAAUUAAUUAGUGAUGGGGACAUGCGGUUCCGCUAGCGAAGGAAUCGAAACGGUGAGAUCGAUAAGGCGGCGGCCUCUGAUCGCCAUCUAGUAUUAUUAAGUUACUGGGAUUGAUACUAUCCAACAUUUGGUCAACUUGAUGCAAAUAGACUAAUCGACCCUAGAAUUCGCCCAGAGUUGGUUUCCAGGUUCAUUGUACAAUUAAUUUAGAAUUGCUUAGGCCUACUUUCCUCGGACUCGUAUUUGUCAAAAUUUAUGUUUCACCUUCAUUGUGAUUUAAUAUAGUGGGGGUUGGUCAUUGGAAAUGCUGAAUAAUACUUAUUGUUUAUUAGAAGUUUCAAUUUAUAAUUGUCUAACAAGUAAAAGCAAGUAUAUUUUUCAAUCUUGGUGUUUUUGUUCUCUUUUUUUAAUUGAUUAAUUGCAUCAGCCUGGGUGAAAAUUUGUUUUGAUUGAUGUUACUUGGGUUUCUUAACUAUGGUUCACCACAAUUCAUGUUUCUAUCAAAGUACAUUGGAGUUACACUCCUAUAAUCACUUAUAUGCAACAAAAGUAUUUAUAUCUCUCUUCAAAUGAGAUUCGCUAAAUUUAAAGUACAGUCAAAUGUGUAUAUAUGCUGUUGGAUAUCGCAUUUCCCUGUAAGAAACAAGAGGUUUAUUAUGUCAUUAUUUAUUGUAAGUUGUCUCCUCUAUAGGCAGGAAUUAAGAUAUUUUUCAAGUACAAAAUGAAGUACAUUUAUCAUAUCGUUGCAGAUUCCUCGUCAAAUUAUUUUUGUGCAAUUAAUUAUGUAUUUAAUUAUUUUUCAGUGUUCUGUUCAAUUUUUGUUCUCUCACAUGAAAUAAAUGAAUCUUUUACAAAACCA